CAUCAAUAGUUUUGCUGAAAUUCAAGUGAUAGCUCUUCGACUACCUUACAGAAAUUGAAAAAAGAUGUAUUGCAAUGACGUUUUGGAGUUUUUUGGACCUGACUAAGUAACAAAAGCGAUUCUUGGGUCAAUCACGAAUGUUAACGCGUCACUCUCAUCGAGGGGGAGCGUAAUCAGGGCAGGCCAAUUCACACUUGCAGCAAUUUGUCAACAAUCACCGCCAGAUGAUUAUCUGCUCUUCCUCCUCCUGCAGCGCGUGCAAAGCCCGAAUGCAUUUGGCUGCAUGCAACCGAGUCACCGCCACAACAUGGCUGCCAAUCAAGUGUACCUGACUGCACAGAGAAAAGGUUGAACAAUGGCGUGCGUUUCAAGUGGCUUGACAGAAGUACCCUCUCCUCGGAUGUCAGAGAGCAGCUUUGGAGGGGGAGAAAGCGGGAGUGGAGCCUCCUGACACAUGGGGGAGAUGCUUGCGCUUGGAGACCGGAGCCUGGAAGCGCAGCUGAGGAGGAGGAGGAGGAACAAGGAGUGAAGGGCGGAGAGAGGGAAACCACAAUGAGGGUCCGGCCCACCGCCGUGGUGACGUCGCGGGGGCACGUGAGCGAGGCUCUCCAGUGACGGCGUGUGGAGGGCAGGAAAAGCAGUUUUUAAAGCCGCUGGUGCCGUUUUGGGGUUUUUGCGCGAGGUGCUCCUCCAAAACAACCACAGAACCACAGACGCGCGGCUCGGGGCUUGGCGUGGCCGGAACGUCAAUGGUUAAUGGUCGCGGGCCAGCAGCACCAGUCACAAGGACGGGCGCUAAAGGAGACGUGUCAAGGUUCACAGAAACCGCCGAGGAGCGAGAGCCGGUCCCGGCAUGGCGUCCAACAGCCUCUUCAGCACCGUCGCACCAUGCCAGCAGAACUUCUUCUGGGACCCGAGCGCCAGCCGGAGGUUCAGCCCGCCGUCCAGCAGCCUGCAGCCGCUCGCGGGCAAGAUGACGGACGUGAGCUCACCGGGUGCCGGCGGAGGAGGUGGUGGCGGCGGUGGCGGCGGUGGAGGAGGCGGAGGAGGAGGAGGAGGUGGCCCCGGUGGGCAGGCGGACGCGACUUCGGCGGCGGCGGUGGUGCCCAGACUGCGCGCCCACGAGAACCGCAGCAUGGCCGAGAUUAUUGCCGACCAUCCGGCCGAGUUGGUGCGCACCGACAGCCCCAACUUUUUGUGUUCCGUACUGCCGUCGCACUGGCGAUGUAACAAGACUCUGCCGGUUGCUUUCAAGGUGGUGGCGCUUGGGGACAUAACGGACGGCACGGUGGUGACAGUGAUGGCAGGCAACGACGAGAACUACUCGGCCGAACUGCGCAACGCCUCGGGCGUGAUGAAGAACCAGGUGGCGCGUUUCAAUGACCUGCGCUUCGUCGGCCGAAGUGGACGAGGCAAAAGCUUCACGCUGACCAUCACCGUGUUCACCAACCCGCCGCAAGUCGCCACUUAUCACCGAGCCAUCAAGGUUACAGUGGACGGACCACGAGAACCCAGGAGGCAUCGGCAGAAGCUGGAGGACCCUCCAAAGUCGGGCCUGUUUUCGGAUCGCCUGAGCGAGCUGGAGAGGAUGAGGGUCCGCGUGGCGGUGCCCGCCCAGGCCCAGCGACCGGCGCUUAACACGGCGCCCAACUCGUUCACGGCGCAGGGACAGACGCAGAUCACCGACCCGCGUCAGUCGCAGUCGUCGCCGCCGUGGUCGUACGAGCAGACGUACCCGUCGUACCUGAGUCCCAUGGCGUCCCCCUCGGUGCACUCCACCACCCCGCUCUCCUCCAGCAGAGGCACGGGCCUGCCCUCCAUCAGCGACGUGCCCAGACGCUUGCCAGGUUCUUCGGACCUGAGCCCCUUCCCGGGCCAGUUUGAGCGCCAGUUCCCGGGAUUGUCAUCCUUGGCGGAGAGUCGUUUCAGCGGUCCUCGCAUGCACUACCCGGCCACCUUCACCUACACGCCGCCCGUGACCUCCGCCAUGUCGUUGGGGGGGCCCCACUACCACACCUACCUUCCUCCGCCCUACCCGGGCUCCACACAGAACCAGAGCGGACCCUUCCAGACCAGCAGCACCCCUUACCUGUACUACGGCGCCUCGUCCGGGUCCUACCAGAUCUCCAUGGUGUCGGGCGGGGGCGGCGAGCGCUCACCCUCGCGACUGGCCCCCCCGCCCUGCACCAGCGCCUCCACGGGGACCUCGCUGGUCAACCCCAACCUUCCCAGCCAGGCGGACGGCGGCGUGGACGCGGGAGAUGGGAGCCACAGCAACUCCCCCACCGUCCUCAACACGGGGGGACGCAUGGAUGAGGCCGUGUGGAGGCCCUACUGAAUGCCUGACUGAAAAGGGAUUUUUAUUUUGUUGAAAGCAGCUCGUCUCGACUUGUGCAAACUUGUCUUCCUGGAAUGUUUGGACCAAAGCGCUCGGAGCGGCAAUAAGCAGCACAUCCUUCCGAAUAGACUGUUUUUUCAAAAUCUUUUUCAUACCAACAUGGAGGAGGCACAAACUCCAAAGAGCAAAAUAAUAAUAUGAAUUACACUACCAUAUUGAAGUCGGAUUUAAAUGACAUUUAAAAAUAAAUAAAUAAAUUUGAGAAGAAAAAUCAGCAGCAACUUUUUACCUUGAAAUAAAACUUUUCUUGAAAAGAGGACAUUGCAUCAGCUAUGGGGGG